CAUGGGUGUCUUUAGAUGGAUGGGUAAGUUGUGAGGAAAUAGCCAUGCCAGACCUCCAAGGAAACACAGAUCUGUUGAAAAUACCAAAGUCUUAUCCUCCUCAGAAAUGCGGCUGACGAAGAGUAAACAAACAGAAGUAUCUUCGAAAAUUGACUUAAAAAAUGUGGUUAAAUCAUCUGUCAAAAAAGAAGAUAUUCUUGUCUGUGAUCAUACACCAAAGAGAAAUAGACACCAAACAAGGUUCAGAUGCUCAAUCUGUUAUACCUUCUACAGUGAUAUCCUUGAGUGUUCUGAAUGCAACAAUUAUGUGUGCAUUUUUGAUGUUGAAAAAUAUAUCAUCUCAGUUAACGAGCAAACUUGCCCAUUCUGACAUUCAUCUCCAGUUGUCUUCACAGAUGCUUCCAAAGAUCUUAAAAUGGUGAAACAUUACUUCACGAGAUCUUUGAAUAAUUCCAAAGAAAGAGACUCCGAAGUUGAUGAAUACUGGAAGUCACAUGCAAGAUUUAAUAAUUCUAUUAAAUUUGUAGCUAUCAAUGACACAAGAAAUCUCAAAAAUUCCCAGGAAAGAUUAAAAAUAAUGGCUCUUGAUGAUGCAAGACAGACGAUUACACCUAUGUGCAUGAAACAAGCCACCCGUGAUCAUAGAGAAGAAUCAAAAGAUUAUAGCUCUCGAAAAAUCCUUUUUCAAAGCCCAAAUAAACAAAAAUAGAAUCUCGAUGAAAAAAGUUAGGAAAAGAACUAGUAAAAGACUGGGAAACCAAGUGUACCCUUCUUCAGUUCAGAGUAGUCCUGAGGAAAGUUUAUAUUUUGGCCAAAACAACAACCCUUGAAUGUUCGUAAGUUCUGAAGAAAUUCAAGAGAGUCAGCUAAGAUCCAGCUUAUCUCAAGCACUAGAACCUAAGUCUAUUCAAAAGUCUCCCUUAAAAUAUGAAUCUACUGUAAUAAAAGAAGAGCAAGAAAGAUCCAGUUUUGAGAGUAGUAGCUCCGGAUCUAAAAGAAGUAGUCUAAGCUCCUCGGCUGAACUUGAAGAGAGGGAACCACAAGAAAGAACUUCACAAGAAUGUAGUAGUAGUUCUGAUCAGCAAGAAAGCCAUCCAAAAGUUCUCAGUUCUGAACAAACAAGCCAGUCUAAAGCUAAAAGUUCAAAUGAGACCUCUCAAAAUAGCCAAAGUGAUCUUCAAUCACAUUGGACUAGGACUAUCCAAGUACGGCAAAGAGAUGGCACUUCAAGUUGACAAUCUCACUCAGAAAAUUCAAAACAUUUCCAAUAUAAAACCUCACAAGAGUCCAAAACUGAAAGUUACGGUAUCAAUAAUGUUGGAGAGUCUAUUCGAUCAGGAAGUGAUUUGAAUUUAGCUCAAUUCUACUACAGUAAAACUUUUAGCGAGGAAUCAGUCCUUAAAAAGCUUCCAAGGAUGACGAACAUUAAGGAUAACAUAAAGUUCGAAAAUACUGGAAAUCUGCCGAAGAAAAUCAGGACUAGUCUUUAUAACAAAGAAGGGAAUAGAGAUAUUGGAAAAUUCGCUCGAUCAACUGUGAAACAGUAUUUACAUCCAAAGAACUUUAAGAAAAACUGCAUUUCUAAAGGGCAAAACCUAAAGAAUACAAGAUUGAGCUCAGCUAGAAGCUCAAUGGUGUCCUUCAAUCCUUUUAAAGAAAAUAUGCUGGUUGAUCCUUAUACUCAAAGGAAAAAUCUUAAAGCUCCUUCCUCAGGACAGAAAAUUAGCUCAUGAGAAAAUAUUGAGAACGAGAGUAUAAAUAUCUCCAAAAGUGACCAAACCAAUCACGAUGCUAUUUCAAAAUACGUGAAAAGGAAAUCAAAAAAUCGUCUAAGAUCACUACACCACAAGGAAGAAAUCAAAAUCGAAGCACUAAGCUCCGGCUCUAUAACACAUCCCCAAAACCCCUUUCAACCCUCUAAAACCCCUUCUAGCUCCUCUCCAUCCCCCCAAAUCCUCACUGAGCCUCCUUCCCAAGCCGCUCACCAGUCCUCCUCAAGACCCGCCUCAAGUUCAACAUGUACUAUAAAAACAAUCUCUUCUGCAAUCCCAGUGGUCAACGUGGUCCCUCAGAUGUUAUUCAAGGGCCAAGUUCUUCCCUCACAAGUGGCAGAUUCUGAAAUCUCUUCGUGAAAUUACAGGUCUACUCAGAAAAUGCCGGCCGGACGCUCAGUGAUUUCAUUAAGUAUUCAGGGGCAAAUACCAAGAAUAAAGCCUAAGAAGAAGUACUUCAAACAGAGGCAAAGUAAAAGCCAGAGAAGACAUAUCAGAUAA